UUGUCCCCCACUGCCAUCCGUUCAGUCAUCUGUCCAAUCACAGAUUGAAUAGUCAGCACUUCCGUAUUGCACAUGUCUACGGGGGAAAGGAGGAAUGUCCACCGAGUUUAGUCGCAAUAAGUUUGUUAAUUGAACGUGUAACGACUAUUGUUGUACUGAACAUACAGUUUUACUUUGAGUUUUUUGGACAGGCGGUAACCAUGGCUUCCCGAGCUGGACCUCGAGCUACUGGCACAGAUGGAAGUGACUUUCAGCACCGCGAGAGAGUGGCCUCACACUACCAGAUGAGUGUCGCCCUCAAGUCCGAGAUCCGUAAGCUGAACAUCGUCCAUGUUCUGAUCUGGCUCCUCUUAGCUGCCCAGGUGACAGUGAGCCAGCUGAACCUAGUGUCCCACAGUGUGGUGGCUGCUCCCUACCAGUGGGAGUACCCCUACCUGCUCAGUAUCAUCCCCUCCCUCUUCAGCUUCAUGGCCCUGCCCAAAAACAACAUCAGCUACCUGGUGAUCUCCAUGAUCAGUGCCGGCCUCUUCUGCAUAGCACCGCUCAUCUAUGGGGGCAUGGAGAUGUUCCCGGUGGCCCAGCAGCUGUACCGCCACGGCAAGGCCUACCGCUUCAUCUUCGGCUUCUCUGCCGUGUCCGUCAUGUACCUGGUGAUGGUGAUCGCGGUGCAGGUGCACGGCUGGCAGAUCUACUACAGCAAGAAGCUGCUGGACGCCUGGUUUACCUCCACACAAGACAAGAAGAAGAAAUGAGGACAGAGGAUUAAAUUAUUUAAACAACUGAUAAGGAAUGACUAUUGCUGCCUGCCACUGUCUGACACCACUUCUAGGCCCAUCUUCCAUCUAUAUUUGAAUUCUACAUCCCCAUCUCACCAUCCCUAAUUGAUAGUUGUAGGCCUAAUUGGAAUACUCAGCAGACUGUCCUGUCGUCUUCCUUGUAACCCUCUAACCUCCAUUAUCUCAUCUCCUGGAUCUGGUGCCUGUGGACAGAUUAAGACUGGAGUUGUCUGAGACUCCAGGGUUUAAUGUUGACCUGUUCUGCUGCCUUUAGAAAGCGUCCUAUUUAUGUCUCAGUCCUGAUCUAUGGAGCUGUGAGGGAUACAGUUGUGUCUUUGGCUAUGGCGGAUUAGGUGAUAUGGCAUGCUGUUCUAUAAAAUAAUUUCUCUGUAAUUAAUAUUACCUGAUUUAAUCAGGUAAAUAAUUACCUAAAAAGUCAGGGAACCACGAAAGAAUGUUUAUAGAGCUGUUAUCUUCCGAAUAAACUCUUAAAGACUUGGUCAUCUUUUA